GAAGAAUUUGAGAAUCUGACUCCAACUUUUUCGAUCUUUCAAAAGAAGAAUGGCGUCGGUGUCACCAUUAGCGAAAUAUAAAUUGGUGUUCUUAGGAGAUCAAUCUGUCGGCAAAACCAGCAUCAUCACUCGUUUCAUGUAUGACAAGUUCGACACAACCUACCAGGCUACUAUUGGAAUAGACUUCUUAUCUAAAACAAUGUACCUUGAAGAUCGCACUGUUCGUUUGCAGCUAUGGGAUACUGCUGGACAAGAAAGAUUCAGGAGUUUAAUACCAAGUUACAUCAGAGAUUCUUCUGUUGCUGUUGUUGUUUAUGAUGUAGCUAAUAGGCUCUCAUUUCUCAACACAUCCAAGUGGAUCGAAGAAGUCCGUACUGAAAGAGCAGGAGAUGUUAUCAUUGUUCUUGUCGGUAACAAGACUGAUCUUGUCGAAAAAAGGCAAGUUUCUAUUGAAGAAGGAGAUAGCAAAGGUCGUGAAUACGGAGUUAUGUUCAUCGAGACAAGCGCGAAGGCAGGAUUCAAUAUUAAGCCUUUGUUUCGCAAAAUCGCUGCGGCUUUACCAGGAAUGGAAUCGUAUUCAAACACUAAAAAUGAGGAUAUGGUUGACGUAAACCUUAAACCGACUUCGAAUUCAUCCCAAGGUGAUCAACAAGGAGGAGGUUGUUCUUGUUGAUGAUCAGAAGAAAGAAAAGAGAUAUAUCUUUCCCAUGAACAUGAAAAACCUUAGAUCGUCCGGUUUAGAUCACAGACCGGUUCCAUCAAUAUCAUUGUCUGUCUAAAUGCUAUAUAAAAAGAAAUGUUGUGAAAUGUUAGUUUUCAACUAUGAACACAUGUUUUUGUGAAUUCUGAGUUGUUACCAAGACUCUCUACAUGUGAGUGUAUCUUUUAUUUUGACAAUGGUUGAAGUGCUACACAGUAAAUUAGGAAAGGGUCA